AUGAAUUCAUUUUUUUCGGAUGCUACAAGUUCGGUUGUUGCAACCAAAACAUUGGGUUCAUCAUCAUCAUUAUCAUCAUCAUCAUCAUCGGCAUCAUCAUCAACUUCAUCAGUAUUAGCAACAGUGCAACAUACUCGUCAACGUAAAUCAACAUCACCAUCCAGUCCAGAAAAUAAACAAUCGGAAGAAGUUUGUGAAAUGAAACGAUUUCGAAGUACAAGCAAUCAGGAUAAAACUAAUAGCACUACUACCAGUAUCAAAAAUAAAAAUAAUGCUUAUAGUAUAACGAAAUUGUUGGAAAAGAAAGAACCAAGUAGCAGUCGUGCCAGCAGUUCAUCAGCAAGUGAUGAUGAUAAUGGAGCAAUUGGUCGCUGUCAUUCCACUGAUGAUGAUGGCAGUCGAUGUACUGAUUUGGCUGAAUUUGGACGUACUGUCACUUGGCCACAUUUUUUCGCAGCUGGACCAUCAGCUUUUACAAUUCCUCAUGCAGCUAAUUCAUUAAUAGAUUCAAAUUCAUUUGCUAAUGCUAUUGCCGCUGCUGCUGUUGGCGCUGAUGGACAAGAUUUAUCACAAGUUCAACAGAUUCAAAACGCCUAUUUAUCAUAUAUUCUUGGUACAUCGAUGACAGCUGCUGCACCAGUGAUACCGCAUCACCAUCCCCUGCAUAUCAUGGUAGCACCAUCCGAUACUGUAACUAGGCCAGGUCCAUUUGGCCUCUUUCAACUUCCAACAACAUCAAACAGCUCUACAGCAUCCGAUGUUGUUCGUUUGCCAGCAACUCCGGUAUCAAAUUCCAUGUGUUUAUCACCAAAUUCAUUAUCAUUGAAUAAGAAACAAUCAAGGCCUACAUUUACUGGUCAUCAGAUUUUCAUGCUAGAGAAGAAAUUCGAGCAAACGAAAUAUUUAGCCGGAUCAGAUCGAGCUCAACUUGCUCAAGAGCUAAGCAUGAGCGAAAGUCAAGUGAAAGUGUGGUUUCAAAAUCGACGUACAAAGUGGCGGAAAAAAGAAGCAGCAGAUAAUGCAUUAGUGAAACGAGGUGAAACGCUUGAUUCGACGGGACGUUCACAGCAGCUACGUGGUUUAGCAUCGUUUCUAUCACCGUCACGUUGA